AUGUUGCCAAUCAAAGAAAACACCUAUAUAAUCUCAAAUGCUAUUGAUAUCAUAAAUCAAAAGACAAAUGAUAACAACCAUCUUGACAGAUUAAUAAAACAAAAAACAAACCUACCAAAAACGGUACAACUACAGAUAGGCACUAGAGUUAUAUUUCUAAAUAAUUCUGAAUACAAACACAAGAUAUUUAAUGGAAUAAUCAGAAUAAUCACUGAUAUAAACGUUGAAUUACAAGAAAUAAGAUGCGCAUUCUGCGUCCAAGGCAGAAUAGUAGACAUUGCGGUAAAAAAACAUACCUCAUCAUUCAUAAUAAAUGGAGCUCCCGCAAACUCACAAAUGUUUGAGAAAGGACAAGCGUACGUAGCACUGAGCAGAUGCAACAACUGGAACAAUAUAAAAAUAAGAUUACUAACCAGAGAAGCAUUCACUGUAGACAACGCCACGAUAAAAGAAUAUGAAAGGUUAGAGCACAAAGCAUCUGAACCACUACCUCUAUCCAGACCACUCUAA